AUGCCUUUUCAUUCCAGCAGUGGGAGUAGUUAUCGAUCGGUUCGCAAGUGUCGAAGGAGGCAUUGCGAUAAAGAGGUAGCGUACUAUCAAAGCAGUGACAAGAGUUCCUUUUACUGCUCGAAACCUGCCAUGCUUCUUACAAAUGCCGCACGCCUUCAGAAGACGGGGAGAGGUUCUGUGAAUAUCACGCAAUUUGUGGCAGCCCCGGAUGCGGCAAAAGAAUAUCAGACGAAGACAAAUCCUUCCGUUUCUCAAAGGGAAACACUACGUUGUGGCUUUGCUCAGAGCAUCGUUGCAAAGCAGAUGGCUGCUACAAACAUCGCCGCGACUCAAACACCAAGUACUGUGAAGAUCACGCCAAGGAGAACAAAUGCGAGGCUUCGGACUGCUCUUCGGAUCGAAGUUCGAAACACUACUGCGACAAACAUUCUUGUCAGCAUCCUCACUGCACUCAGAAGACGUUGGCCUCGGGUCGGAGCAAAGGAAAAUGCCGUCACCAUCAGUCGUGUGCGUCGUCGGGAUGUACUAGGCAUGUGGACUUGGAUUCCACCAACGAUCCGAAGACGUUUUGCGCCUACCAUUGUCAAUGCAAGAUGGCACGAUGCCAUGGUAUCGUCCAGACUGGAUCGUCGUUUUGUGCCGAGCAUGAGUGCUCUAUUCCAAGCUGCAAUCGACCCAGAGACCUUGAUCGUGCCCCUGGCACCCGGUUCUGUCACAGACGGCUUCAACUUUAGGAGGUGCCCUCGACACAUUUGCGAACUAACAGGAUGUGAUCGAGAAGCCCGAACCCAUGGUUCGAUAUCCCCUUUCUGUUCUGAUCACCGCUGCCUCAAUAACGAUUGUUUGAAUCCAGCCAAGAUUAAACAUGGUUUCUGUCGGAAGGAUGCAUGCUUAAAGCCCGAGUGCGGCCAGCCCAAGGCUGACGGAUAUCAAGACUACUGUCUCAAUCACAUACCCACAACCCCCUCAUCCCGAAGUGAUUACUCUACACCAGCUCUCCCACCAUCCCGUUCUACUGGAAGUCCUUGGGGCUUCAGUAGUAGUGGAAGCAGGCCCUAUGUGGUCUAUUGUCCGAAACCCAUUCGUAUAAGUGAACUGCUAGGGAGUUCUAGCAGAUCAAGGUCCAGGGAAUUGCGGUACAUGCAGAUGAACAAUGCAUUUAGAGAUAGUACUCCGCGACAUCAGCGACAUUAG